UGGGGACGGCUGGGGUCCGGCCCCGGGAGGGGGCGGGGCGCGCUUAAGAGCUGCGGGCUGGGCGCGGACGGCCGAGGCGGCGCGGCCAGGGUCCCAGCUCUCCGACUGGCUCUUCUGUCCGCGUGCCGUCACCUGUCACCUCCGUUAAGCCAGCAGGAUGGCUGCGAACAAGAACAAGGGCCAGAGCUCCCUGGCCCUUCACAAGGUGAUCAUGGUUGGCAGUGGCGGGGUCGGCAAGUCGGCCCUGACGCUCCAGUUCAUGUACGACGAGUUUGUGGAAGACUAUGAGCCCACCAAGGCUGACAGUUACAGGAAGAAGGUGGUCCUGGAUGGGGAGGAGGUGCAGAUCGACAUCCUGGACACUGCUGGGCAGGAGGACUACGCAGCCAUCCGUGACAACUACUUCCGCAGUGGGGAAGGGUUUCUGCUGGUGUUCUCCAUCACCGAACGCGAGGCCUUCACGGCCACGGCCGAGUUCAGGGAACAGAUCCUCCGCGUUAAGGCUGAAGAAGAUAAAAUCCCAUUGCUUGUCGUGGGAAACAAGUCUGACUUGGAGGAGCGGAGGCAAGUGCCCAUCGAGGAGGCCAGGAGUAAAGCGGAGGAGUGGGGCGUGCAGUACGUGGAGACGUCAGCCAAAACGCGGGCCAACGUGGACAAGGUGUUCUUUGACUUAAUGAGAGAAAUCAGAGCAAAGAAGAUGUCAGAAAACAAAGACAAGAAUGGCAAGAAAAGCAGCAAGAACAAGAAAAGUUUUAAAGAAAGAUGCUGCCUGCUGUGAAGGCCGGAUGGUGGGGGAGACCCCUGCCGCCAGAGACACAGGGCUGGGGCGCACGGGAGGCUGUAGCUGGCUUCCGGUGUGCUUCCUGCUCUCCCAACCUUAUUCACCUGUACUUCUUUAAAUGGGGACAAAUAGUCAUGAAUUGGUGGCUGGAAGAAGAAACAAUCCCUUCUCCAUGCAAAGGAGUGGCUGCCUCGCCAGGACUGUGGCGUUCUGUCCUUCCCGAGUCCUGCCCCUCCCUCCAGGGCUGAGCUAGGGUAGAGCUCUAGGUAGGAAACAGUCAAGUGUUCAUUAAAAAGAAAGAGUAUUGUCACAGCAUCUUAUCCCCCACCCAGGUUUUUAACAUUACCCUCUUUUGUUUUGAAAUAAAAUGUUUUAUUUUACUAGGCUUCGGAAGGAGGGUGCUGAGGUAGACCCCCCAACCCUUAUCACUGUAACAGUAGUACUCAGAAAAUCCAUUGGGCUCUCAUGAAACUGAAAUUCUAAGGUUUUUAAAGACAAGUUUCUAGGAGAUAUCCUGCGGAUCUGAAGCAUAGUUAGAAAAGUGAACUUGAAUUGGGCUGGAGAGGUCAACAUCAUGUUUACAAAUCCUCCUCACAUAUGAAAAAUAAAAGUAGCAGGUUGUUUUCUUCAUGUUUAAA